AUGAAAAAAAAAAUUAGGCUCCUUUUUUUUAUUAAAAUUUGUAUCUUAAUAUAUUGGAUAUAUCAUUUUUCCUAUGAUAGGGUUAUGUUUAAUAAAUUAACGUGCGCGAAGAAAAAUAAUGGGAGUAAAUUGCGUCUAACAACUUAUAGAGUACUGGCGAAAUAUAGACAAAAUAAGGAUUCGUGCAUUCUAGGGUUAAGAAAAGAGAUACAAUACAAUAAAUUACAUAGAAAAAAAGAUAUACAUAUAAAUGAUAAAGAGGAAACAGGAAAAAAGAAGACAUCGAAUGGAUGUUCAUUGAAUAAUUUGGGGGAAUAUAAACAAGCUCUGAAAAAUAAAUUUAAUAUAUGUGAAACAAAAAAAUAUUCCCGUUUGGAAAAAAAAAUAUUCAAAGAACUUGAUUAUGUAGAUUUUCUUAAAAAUAGCAAGACAAUCAGUGAUAAGGUUUAUAAAAAUAUAGUACUUAAAAAAUGCGGAAUAAAACUUGCUUUACCUUUAUUAUUGUUUUUUAUGUUAUCAAUAUCUCUCACAUUGGACUUAUUUGUGGGUUGUGGUAUUGUUAAUGAGCUGUAUCGAAUAAUGAUUGUGAAUUAUAAAGAUGGAUGGAUCCAGACCUUACGUAAUGGAAUACGGGCUUCCCCUUUUAAGAAAAUGUUUGAGGGUGUUAUUAAACUAACUAAUGGGAAUUUUUCCAUUGUCAUUUUAAAAUUUUUUACUACUAUAAUAUAUUUCUUAUCUUUCUUUGUAUUGGGUAUCACAAUUAUGUUAGGAAUUGUAUAUUACCAUAAAAAAGUUAAUAAGUAUGAAAAAAUUAAGUUCAGAAAAAAGUAA